CAGGAAAUACAUGCACAUAAUGUUAACAGACUAGAAAACAUCAGAUUGGCAUCCAGUUCCUAACACAGAGCUCAGAAUAAAGCAUGCAAUAUACUUCUUGGUUAUGAGACCUGGAAAAUCUAAGAAAGAAAGGAGAACCUGAAGGAGAUACUUAGCAACAAAGAUCAGGUAGAAAUCCAGGCUUCCUGAUAUGGGAACAUUUCUGGAAAGAGACACCUUUACCACACUUCCCCAGCAUCACAGUCAUUCCUAGGGGCAGACUUUGAACUCAUGAGUGACAACUAAUGCCUCAGAUGCAAACAUCAUUUGGUUUCCAUUCCAGAGCCAUCCCCAUCUUCCCCAGUAGUAACAAGAAUAUGGGGUUCAUUUUACAUCCUUGGCAUCAUGGGUCUACGGCUUGGCACCAAGAGCACUGCGUGGGACUGCUUUCCAAAGGAUGUCAUUGUCCACAAAAGAGAGAAAGCUGGACACACAUAUGAAAAUGGAGAGGACCUGCUGAUUGGCGUACCUAGUGAAGCCACAGUUCUUGGGACUAUCCAGCUAAUAUGUGCCCUGAUGAUUGCAAGCUUUGGGGCAAUUUUGGUGUCAGCUUCCUACUCCAACCCAGAAGCUUCCACCACUUUGAUGUCUGGGUACCUGUUUACUGGAUCCUUCUGUGCACUGAGCAGCCUGGCCUCCAGUGUAGCAAGCUCUGUUGUUGCUAUCAUCGGUCUCUUCUUUGUCACCUAUUGCCUGAUAGUCCUGGGGACUGCCUUUCCACACUGUAACUCAGAAAAGAAAUUCCUGCCCUUAUUGUCUUAUUUGGAAUCCCAUGAUUGGAAGAAUGAAGACAAGAACUGUCGCCUGGCUUAUGUCAGUGCUAUAAGUACUCUGGGGAUCAUGCUCCUCUUCAUCGUGCUGGAAGCUUUGCUAGCUGUAUACAGUUCUAUCUUUUGGUGGAAGCAAGUCUACUCCAACAAGCCUGGGGGUGCAUUUUUCUUGCCUCAGUCACAAGAUCAUCCCUAACUUGUCAAAAGCAGUUUGUUGCAGUAAUGGAUAUGAAAUACAGAAGAAGAAAGAAGAAAUCUAGUGCUUGUGGCAGAGCACAGCUAGACUUUCCUGAAAUCUCAACCUUGGUAGAUCCUAAUAAACAUCUGAAGAAAA